AGUGUCAAAAAAAUAAAAUACUUUAAAAGGAAAUUUUAAUUUCACAUUCGUAGAUAUAUAAAAAACUUGAAUUCCAACAAAUAUCAUGUAUUUUUACAAAUUGGAAUUUUGCAGCCUGCUAAUUUGUAAUGUAUUUGCUCUUUCUAGCUUUACAGAUCGUUGCUCCCCAGAGUACUGCAAUUUUGCCGGAGAGUGUAGGAUAGUCAAAAGUAAGCCGAGUUGUAGCUGCUAUGAGGAGGCAUUCCUGGGUAAAUACUGUGAGCAAGUAAAGAACCUGUGUACGACAGAAAAAAAUAUAUGCACCAGCAAACACAUCUGUGUUCCCUAUGUUGGUCAAACGAUCUGUGAGUGCUCGCGCCAGAGAACCGGGGACGAUUGCGGGCACGCGACACCCACAAAACCCAUGUGCAAUUAUAAUGUUCGUGCAAUCUAUGGCGCAAAGGAACAUAUUGUUUUAAGCUUUGAACAGCUUGGCCCUGAACCCUUUCAAAUAACUAUAUCGACACCAACAUAUAUGAUUGCACAUUUGCCACGUUCAAAAACAUUAAGCAGCCAGCAUACAAACAACCUCACAGCAACCCUUCAGGGGCUAGGUAUAAGAAGACAUGCUAAUCUGCCGUAUAACGACGCUCGUUAUUACGUGUUUCAGGCGAAGCAUUUUACACUGGGUGCAAAUCAGCUAAAUGUGGUUAUUGAGUACUUUGGAAAUAUUAAUCAUGCGAGCCCCAAAGUACAAACCUUGUCGCUGAUCGUGCACGUAGUAAAAUCAAAAGAUUCGCCCUGCAUGCCCCGCGUUGUUUUUCAGCACUGCAUGGAUCCAAAGAAACCCCAACAGGUUGAUGUGGAGCGCUUUAUUAACAUACAAGCAAUUGUGGAAGAGCGUUGUUUCCCUCUAGAACGCAUGAGAACUCAAUGGACUAUUUUCAAUUUUGAGGAAAAUUUUUCCUAUUUUACCACACGUGUCGGGGAGCAGCUGUUGCUUAAGAUACCACGCUAUACAUUAUGGUACGAUACUCUAUUAAGUUUGUAUCCUAAUCUUUUACUUUCGGUGAAGCUUGGGCUUAAGGAGAUCAAAGGUCCAUGGGUAUACGUAAGAUGUUACAUAAAUGUGACAGCACGUAAUGUGAUUGCUAAUAUAGCCGGCGGUCACUACAGAGAAAUAAAUAAUAAAAGUAAAUGGUUGCUUCUUGAUGGCUCUAAAAGUCGUGAGCCCGCACAAAAUAUGCGCCCUUCUCAGCAACUAACGUAUACUUGGAUCUUACGCGCAGCGGAUGGAAGUAAUGAGCAAUAUCUAACCUUCGAGAAUUCCAAUUCUAAGCUAAAUAUACCCACCGAAAUUCUCAAAAGUGGGGGAAAAAACAUAAUUACACUAAGAGUCGCUAACAAACUAGUGGCCGCCCGCACUAGUCAUAUUAACCAAGCUAUCGUAGUAUUAGGCGAUAGAGACCCUCUCAGUGUAAAUAUAGAGUGCAUCAGAAACUGCCAAAGGUAUCUGUACGCAACCGACCAUGUGCUGCACCUGCAAGCUUUAUGUCCCACUUGCAAGAUGCCCAUCACCUAUACAUGGAGACUGAACGGAAUUGAUAUGAAGCAGAACAAACAGCGACUAGUGAUGAAACUGGCAUCGGAUUUGGUAGGUGAACUGAUUGUUACACUCAUUGUCGCAGACCAGGACGGAAAGGGUACCACCGAGUUGAGAUUGCAACAGUCACAGCCUCUAAAAAGCGGGGACUGUGUAAUUGAGCCACAAAAUGGCCAGGAAUGUGUUACAAAGUUUCAUAUUCGUUGCCAAAAUUUUUUUUCGAUAAUUCAGGAACCGCUCCUAUAUACCUAUAGAACGGGAAACAUCUAUGAAGAUAACACCAAUUCGGGAGAAACUUUCCUUUACCUAAAUAGCAACACUCCAUUAAUUGUUCGCAUAUGCGGCUUUCACUUGCCCUGCACAUUUAUGAAUAUCUCUUUUACGAUUGAGCCUAUGAACCUGGCAGGAUCUGAAACUCUUGACAAGCAUAGUCUGACUAGGAUGCUACUGGAUGGACGAAGGCAGCAGGCAUUCUGUUUUCUGCAAAAAUUAUUAGCUACUCCGGAAAAGAUAAAUGAUGUGUUAGAAAACUUUCAGUCCAUAACUAUGGAUAGAACUCUUUCGGUCUUUGAAAUGGUAAAUACCCUUGAAAUUGCUUACAAAUGCAUUACAUUUGUGGGACUGGUAAAUUGCCAUGAAGCUCACGCCAUUUCAUAUAUUUUAGAAAGAGUGAUAUUCACUUUUAAUUUUGUCAGAAAAGAUACCGAAAUACUAGACAUGCCAGAAGCGAUCUGUCACGACAUUGGCAUGCUGAUAACCAAUAUUGUUACAUAUUGUAUGGUUAAGAAUACGGACCUUACAAAACAAAAUUUGAUUCUCCGGCAUUUCGAUGAUCCGUAUAAUGAAGACUCCGUCGAUUGGCUCCCUUUCGAUAAAAUGCUUUCGUCACGCAUUAUAUGUUACUUAGAGGUUGUAAGCUUGGUCUUUAAAAUAUGGCAUACAAUUGGCGAAGAAUUCACACGAUAUAUUCAACCAGAGGAGCCCUUUGAUUAUGUCUCGAACAACGUCAGUUACAGAGUGGAGAUGCAUAAUUCCUAUGCCCCUAUCGUAUAUAUAUCUAACUGCACAUCCUGCAUUCUAAAAAUACCUCUAUCAACAGUCGAAACUCACCGGCAAAUGCUUGGGACGAACGAUCUGCUAAUACAUGCGUGGUGCUUCCAGUCCGAUAUAUUUUGGUGGGCACCAGGAAGUUUUCUUCCAACUACCGCCAUUUUGGCUGUCGAUAUUCUUGGCCGUAAUGCACCUUAUAAUUUUAAAAGUAAAUCGAGUCUCUUGUAUCAAUUGGGUCUCCGUAAUGUCAAAGGCUACACCGUUUUCCUUUACGAGCAGUCAGAUGUGAUUCAUAAUAAUAUGAUAAUCUAUAGACUAAAGUUGGAUGGGCAGGUAAACAUGCUGGUGCAUUUUGUUAAUACCUCAGCAAGUCUCCGGGUUGUAAUUAGCAUGAAUGUAGAGCCUACCCUGCUUAAUCUGCACGAUAAAAGCUGCAUUGUGUCGAAAGACUGUCACAGCAGGACAAUUAUUUUAAAGAAUCGAUGUACAGAAGAGGGAAUCGCUUAUAUAGCGGUAUAUAAGGCUAACUCCUUCGAUACUGCACCCGCUCACUACACGUUUCGCCUCAGCGCACAAGAAUGCAGUGUUUGGGAUAUAAGUAACAAAUAUCCGAAUUGGAUGAAACAUGGAUGUUAUCCGCAGAACUUGGCACAGGGUCCUCCUUACUCGCUUUGUAACGUUGAGCACUUGUCGGUGUUUUCCGCCAAGAGGUAUGAGAUCAAGCCAUUUCCCAUAAAAAAAAUACACAGUUAUGCAUACCAUCCGGCCUUAAGUUUAAACUGCGUGCUAUUUAGCUGUUUACUGGCUCUAAGCGCUGUGUCCCUGCUAAUAUUAGGCAUGCUACGUUUGCGUCAUACAAAAAAGAAUUUAAUACGUGUCAUCAAAUUGAAGCGCGAUGAGAUGCCACCCCGCACGGAAAAUAUCAUUGUCCACUUGCGUACGGGCGGCUAUAUAAUAGGUUCGACUACAGCCAAUAUUAAGCUGGUGUUUACAUCGACACUGGGACGCUACAAGGUGGUAAUAUAUCAAAAUCCAAUAAAUCCGCAUCUGCAAUUAAACACUUCGUGCAUGAUACGUCUCAGCGACGAGAAAGUGCAAUUACCCUGUAGACUGACAAUUAGUCAUGAUGUGUCCGGCAGGUAUCCAUCCUGGUACUGUCGUUCCGUACAAGUGGAUGAUCUGCGACACGAUCUGAGCUAUACAUUCCCUAUACACAGCUGGAUACGACGAGCUCAGAAGAUUCGGGUCUCCUGCUUACCGACAGAAAAAUUAGCGAAUAUAAAUCGAUUACAUCAGGUAAAGACCCCCACCGGAUAUUGGAGCCAGUUUAUACAAAGAUUUCGAUAUUAUUGUAAGUUCUAUUUUAUUAACUGGUUUAUGAUGCAGCCCAUUUUGGGACCCUGGCGUUUUACCGAUGAAUCCUGCAACAUUUACGAACGUACCUGCAUUUGGUUAUGCAAAACGAUUCUCACAAUAACCAUGGUUUUCUGCUACUACAGAAACACUACAUUUAUCAACUAUUUUGAAUUUCAACAACAACUUACGUUAUUGUCGGUCUCUGAAUUUUUAGAGAUUGGAAUCGGUAGUUACUUUGCAACACUGAUUUUUGAAUUUUUUCUUAAUUACCUGAUACUCGGAUAGGUUUUAUAUAAAUGUGUU